GACACUGAAAUCAUACGAUUAGGAAAAGAAAAUUAUGGAUUCAGACGAGGAGGAUUUCGUGUUCUUUGGUACACCCAUUCAGCGAGAGGAAGAGAUCACCAACGGUCGGAAAAAAGCCGCCGCUGAAGCUUCUGGUAACCUCCGCGCCCUCCCUCUCUGGAAACAAGAGGUUAUAGAUGAAGAAGGACGUAGAAGAUUCCAUGGUGCAUUUACAGGUGGAUUUUCUGCUGGUUACUUCAAUACAGUGGGCACAAAAGAGGGCUGGGCCCCACAAUCAUUUACAUCAUCCCGGAAGAACAGAGCUGAAGUCAAACAGCAGAACAUUUUUAGCUUUUUAGAUGAAGAUGAGAAAGCUGAUUUGGAAGGUGCUUUGGGCACAUCUUCACAGUUCGACACAUUUGGAUUUACAGCUGUUGAGUAUGCUCGCAAACAAGCUGAUAAGGAGCAAAAUCAAAGGCCAUCUGCAAUUCCUGGUCCUGUUCCCGAUGAACUUGUCCUUCCAGCUUCUGAGUCUAUAGGCUUACUAUUGCUGCGGAAGAUGGGAUGGCGACAUGGUCGUGCAAUCAAUGACUCGCGUGCUAGUUCAUUAUAUGAUCCUCGUAGAGAAGCUAGAAAAGCUUUUCUAGCAUUUGCUUCUGAGGAUGCGAAGGCAUCAAAUCCUGCUGAUGAGCCUGUUGAAGAACCUGAAAGCUUCACUGUGCAGCCUUCUGACAAUGAUACUCGAUCUUCUCAAAGCUUACCUGCUUUUGUGUGUAACCCUAAGCAGGACUUGCAUGGUUUAGGGUAUGAUCCAUUCAAGCAUACUCCUGAAUUCAGGGAAAAUAAGAGAUUGGACUUGUGGAAUGAUAAGCAGCAUGGGUACAGGAGAGCUAUGUCAAUAAAAGAUAGUCUCUUUGGUUCCAAGUCAGGAAAAGCUGCUCCUGGAUUUGGAAUUGGUGCACUUGAAGAAUAUGAUGUUGAAGAUGAGGAUGUCUAUGCUUCUGGUUAUGACUUUGAGGAAACAUACAUGGAAGAGGUCGAAGAGCCAUCAAGUUUGAGCAUAGACAAUAAACAACCAUCAAGAUUGAGCAUAGAGAGUAAACAAAAGGUCGUUGCAAGAGAUGAGGGUGUUCUGCCUGGUUUCAAAAUUGCAUCAGUUUCUGUCUGCCAGUUAGAAAGGUUUGAUCCUCCCGUAAUCCCAAAGGAUUUUGUUCCACACCACAAAUUUCCUGGACCUCUUGAGACUCUGAAGAAGCUCGAUGUUCCUUCUCCACCCGAGGUUCCUUCCCCAGAUGAUAGUAAUCUGAAGCUCUUAAUUGAGGGGGUUGCAAAAUUAGUAGCACGAUGUGGUAAAUUAUUUGAGGAUCUCUCCAGAAAGAAGAAUCAGUCAAAUCCAUUGUUCAGUUUUCUUUCUGGAGGAAAUGGACAUGAUUAUUAUGAAAGGAGACUGUGGGAGGAGCAUCAGAAAUUAGGUGAUCAAGCCAAACUUUUAUUGGAUGGAAAACUUUCCCCAAGUAUGCAGAAGAUGACGGCAGAGAGCCGUGGAAAAUUAUUAGGAGAAAAACCUUUGGAAAGAAGCUCUAGAGAGACCACAAGCUCAUCAGUUGCUUCUGGGGAGUUUCAAUUUCAAUUCAACCUUUUUGAUACAUUUCAAAAAUCUAAUUCAUUUAGUAAGUUGCCGGAAGUUGCAAAACCAUUCAAAGAUGACCCUGCAAAGCAAGAAAGAUUUGAGCAGUUUCUCAAGGAAAAGUAUGAAGGAGGGCUUCGCUCUGCAGGGUUGACUGUGGCUAGUAAUAUGUCAGAAGCAGCUCGUGCUCGUGAAAAAUUGGACUUCGAGGCAGCUGCUGAAGCAAUUGAUAAAGGAAAACGGGGAAAGGAAAGCAUGGUUUCAGCACAGCCAUUGGACUUCUUAGCUAGUGGAAUGCAGUUCACUUCUGGUGGACUAGAGGAAGUUAAAGAUGUUCAUGCUGAGGAUUUGGCGACAAAGAAAAUGUAUCCAAAAAGGAAGGAGUUCCAAUGGCGACCUUCACCUGUUUUAUGCAAGCGCUUUGAUCUCAUUGAUCCUUUUAUGGGGAAGCCACCACCAGCUCCACGCAUGAGAAGUAAGAUUGAUUCUCUACUUUUCAUUCCAGAUUUUGUUAAAGGUGCUAAACCGGAAGAAGAUACUACUACAAAUAGAGAUGUUCCUGCUGCUCAAACUGGUGCCCAAAUGACAAUUGAAGAUGUAGCUGAAAAUGUUGAAAGGCCAAUUGAUCUCUAUAAGUGGUCAGGGAAUGGUGAUGGUCUGUUCUCGGUUAAGGCCUGUAGGACGACUCUUUCCCUUAAGUCGGGAGGUUCGUUCAAUUGGUGUAAGGAUGUUUGGUCUGGUCUCGCUCCUCCCAGAGUCGAGACGUUUCUGUGGCAGAUUUCCCAUCAAAAACUGGCAGUCAGAUCGGAGUUGAAGAGAAGGGGUGUUGUUUUGGAGUCAGUUCUUUGUCCGUUAUGUUUGAAACAGGAAGAAACUGUCCAGCACUUAUUUAUUUCCUGUUUGGUUGCUGGGAAUUUAUGGAAUAACUAUUUCAAGCUUUGGGAUAUCUCUUCAGUGCUGCCUAAAGACCCGCCGGCUUUGUUGAGUUCUUGGUCUGAGUUAAGGGAGAAGUCUUUAAUCUGGAAUUUUAUUCCAGGUGUUGUUCUCUGGUCAAUUUGGAAAUCUAGGAAUUCAGUGGUGUUUGAGAAGAUGAAGGUGGAUUGUUCCUCUCUUUUCUUCAUUUCAAGAUUCAAAUUGGCUAAAUGGUUCAUAGCAAAGUUCCCGAAUGUUAAUAUCCUAGUCGACUCCCUUAUUGGGGACCCUACUAUUUUAGAUAAGCUUCCACGUCCUAAUGUUAAAAGGAAAACCGUUCAGAGUUGGUUUUCUCCUCCAACUUAUUUUUUUAAGUUUAAUGUUGAUGGGGCGGUUAGUAGUGAUGGGCGAGUGGGUGGAAUUGGAGGUAUUUUGAAGGACUCAAGUUGUAAUGUCUUAGGGUUUUUUUCUAUUAGUGUUGGCCCUUGUCUUCCCCCUUUGGCAGAGUUAAAAGCAAUUGAAAAAGGCAUUGAUUACUUUCUCGCUUCAGCAUGGGAUAAGGUGGGAAGAUUGAUCGUUGAGAGUGACUGUAAAGUCGCUGUGGACUGGAUUAUGUGGCCGGCUUCAGCCCCUCCUUUCUUUUCUUCUUUGGUUGGGAAAAUUGUAUCUAUUAUUUUGGAAAGGGGGUUUAUUGUUUGGUACAUUUCUAGAAGUUGUAAUUGGGAGGCAGAUUCUCUGGCUAAACAAGGGAUUGGGUGA